UCUCUCUCUCUCUCUUUCUCUCUCUCUCUCUCUCUCUCAGCAACCAGAAUAGGGCAAAGGUCAGGAGAGUCUUGCUGUGCCCUAAAAUGGACUCUCUCUCUAUUUCUCCAACUUUGACGUUCCUUUUGCAACUUGAAUAGGGCAAUCGGGCUGGAGAAUCGAAGAGAAGAAACCUUGGUUAAUGAUCUCGAUCUUGUCUCCAUAGCCAUCGGUACCAGGUCACUGUUGUUUAUUUUUCUCUCUCGGUAUCUAUCUAUCUGUUUAUAUCUCUCUGUAUGUCUCUCGGAUGUCUGAUUUUAAUGGAGAUUUAUGGGUUGUAUUGAUUUGACGAGGUAGAGGAGCGCCUGCUUGUGACUGAGAGUUUUGUUAGGUUUCUCUCUCUUUCUUUGUCAUGCGAUAUUCUCAGGCUCUUACUUCCCUUGCGAGGAGUCGCAAGAGAAGGAAGCAGCCUUCUCGCCCACCGUGUGGUUGUGAAUGCGAGCUCUCUCAAGCUUCAAAGAAGCACAAGAGGCUUGAUGACCUCUGUGAUCCUCACUCCUAUCGCUCUACCCUAAAAAGAACCAAUCAUCUGUGGGAGAAGACUGGUAAGGCCUCAUCGGAAACUACUGACCUUCCAGAUUUGGGUCUUCGACGAAGCUCACGCCUUAACAGAACAUCUGAUUCUCUUCCUUCUCCUCAGAUUAAUAGAAACAAUGUCGAGAAAAAGGAGGAAUUGGACAAAGUCAGGGUUAGGGCUGAAAAGGCAGGUGUUUCCGAUGAAAAGGUUGUUGGAAAAACCAGGGUUUCUAAUAGAAAGGAUUUGAAUAAACCAUUUCUUGACGAUGCGGAGAAAACCAGUAGCAGGGAGCGAUGGCCUAGAUCAAGAGUAGUUAAAGAUAGGGCUGGUUUUCAUAAUGAGGGUACAAGUGUUUCUAGACGAGCAAAGAGGAAGCUUCUGAAGGAUUUGGAUGUCUCAGAUGAGUACGGAUUCAAUGGUGGCAUCUCUUGGGCAAGGAAAUCAAAGAGGCAGUUUAGGCCAAGGGUGUGUUCUAUAGAGAAAAGUGAGGAAGAAAUCAGCGAUGAGGUUAGUUAUGGAAAGAGCAAUGAGAAAACAUUGAGGGACUGGCUGAGGCAUAGUAAUGGUGGACUCAAUUCACGAGCACCUAAAGAUUUGGUUUGCAAGGAGAAAGGCGAUGUUGGUGAAGGUAUAGCUUUUAAUAAAUCAAACUCUAUGAGCCACGGGGAUGCUGGGGAAUUGAAGAAUGAUAAUCGUUUACAAGUUGACAGUGAAAGGAUGCAGGUCGCAAGUUCAAGUGCUGCUCUUCUGGUGAGGAAUGAUGCUCUUGAAUCAAAGCAGUUUCCAUCAUGUGACGAUGCAUUAGACAACGAGAGAUUGGAGAAGAAUAGGGGCUCAGAAAACUUAAUAUCUUGUGUAGUUAUGGAUACUCCAAACAAAAUUGAUGAUUCUGGCAUGGACCCAUCAGCUGUUAAUGCUCCACCGCCCAUACCCAAUUGUAAUUUGGAGACAAGUCCAAGUGGGAAGGACUUGGAAAAUGCAGAUCCUUGUUUAAAAGGUGACAGAGAGAUACAGCCUGACAUUCCCAUCAAUGGUGUUGAGAAUCCUCAAAGUAUUAUUCCUCCUGGUUCUAGAGAACCGAUUGGCGAAAACGAUCCUCUUGGCUCUGAAGAACCUAUUGGCGAAAACAAUCCUCUUGGCUCUAAAGGACCCACUGUGGAAAAUGAUAACCACAUUAAACGCAAUAUAAGGGAAGUGUGCCCUGGUGUUGUGGAUUAUAGCUUUUACAGGGUUGAAGAAAGAUCAGACAAUCAAGAAUCAUCUCAACGUGCAAAUGUAGAUGAUAGCAAGCUCAAGUCAAAUGUUGAUAUUGCAAAACCAGGGAUAACAGAGGGGCGAAGGUGCGGUCUAUGUGGUGGAGGGGUUGAUGGAAAGCCUCCAAGGAGGCUGUUGCAGGAUGGUGCUGACAGUGAUAAUGAGGCCUAUGAUGGGUCAUCGGCUUCAGAUGAGCCUAACUAUGAUGUGUGGGAUGGUUUUGGUGAUGAACCUGGUUGGCUUGGGCGCCUUUUGGGCCCUAUAAUUGAUCGUUUUGGAAUCCCUGGCAUAUGGGUACAUCAACAUUGUGCAGUUUGGAGCCCUGAGGUUUACUUUGCUGGUUUGGGGUGCCUGAAAAAUGUCAGAGCUGCACUUUGCCGAGGAAGAGCAUUGAAGUGCAACCGCUGCGGCAGGCCUGGAGCAACGAUUGGGUGUCGGGUUGACCGCUGUCCUAAAACCUAUCACUUGCCUUGUGCGCGAGCUGAAGGCUCUGUCUUUGAUCAUCGAAAAUUCCUUAUUGCCUGUUCGGAUCAUCGCCAUCUAUUCCGACCUCAAGGAGAACUAUACCGUCUGCGGAUCAACAAAUUGAAAGUCAGGAAGAUGAGAUUUGAUACACGGAAGCAGUCAAAUGAUGCCUGGCGCAAGGACUUGGAAGCGGAAGAAAAGUGGUUGGAGAACUGUGGUGAAGAUGAAGAGUUCUUGAAGCGUGAAAAAAGAAGGCUUCAUCGAGAUCUCUUGAGAAUUUCGCCCGUCUACAUUGGUGGUUCUUCUUCUGAUAGAAUCAAGUUGAAUGAGGGUUGGGAGUCGGUGGCUGGGCUCCAGGAUGUCAUUCGAUGCAUGAAGGAGGUUGUCAUUUUACCACUUUUAUACCCAGAAUAUUUUAGUAGUAUAGGACUUACACCUCCAAGGGGAGUUCUUUUACAUGGAUACCCUGGGACUGGUAAAACACUUGUUGUUCGAGCCUUGAUUGGAGCAUGCUCUCGUGGAGAUAAGCGGAUUGCUUAUUUUGCUCGUAAAGGUGCAGAUUGCUUAGGAAAAUAUGUUGGUGAUGCUGAGCGUCAACUCAGGCUGUUAUUUCAGGUUGCUGAGAAAUCUCAGCCAUCCAUAAUAUUUUUUGAUGAGAUUGAUGGGUUAGCGCCAACACGAUUCGGGCAACAAGAUCAAACACAUAGUUCAGUUGUAUCGACAUUGCUUUCCCUCAUGGAUGGUUUGAAAUCUCGAGGUUCAGUCAUUGUAAUUGGUGCAACUAAUCGGCCUGAGGCAGUUGAUCCAGCUUUGAGGCGCCCUGGAAGAUUUGAUAGGGAAAUUUAUUUUCCUCUUCCAUCUGUCAAGGACAGAUCUGCUAUUCUUGCCCUUCACACUCGAAAGUGGCCGAGGCCUGCAUUUGAACCAUUGCUGACAAAGAUAGCUGAAAGAACUGCUGGGUAUGCAGGGGCUGAUCUCCAGGCUCUUUGUACUCAAGCUGCUAUGAUUGCUUUGAAGAGGACUUGUCCAUUGAAAGAACUUUUAUCUGAUCCUGAACGUAAUAAAUGCAUUAGUCUUCCAACAUUUGCCGUGGAUGAAAGAGAUUGGUUAGCUGCUCUUGCAUGUGCCCCUCCUCCCUGCUCCCGAAGAGGUGCAGGAAUGAUUGCAAAUGAUGUCACCCCCUGUCCUCUUCAGAGUCAUCUUUUUUCUUGCUUGUGUCAACCAUUGGUUGAGUUACUCAUUUCCCUUUACCUAGACGGGCACAUAGUCCUUCCUCCCCCCUUGUUCAAAGCUGCAAAACUUAUUGAGAUUUCCCUAAUUUCUGCCUUGGAACAUAGGAAGCUUCCUACUGUUUCCUGGUGGUCUGCUAUUAAUUGUUUGAUAAGGGAGCCAGAUGUUGCAAGAGACAUUCAGAAAAGCCUUUCUCGGGCUGGCUUAUUGAUUGACAAUGGUGAAAAUGAUGAUGGUCUUGAGGAUUGUGAUUCCUGUGUGUUGGAGGCUUCUUGUCCACCAGGCUGCAUGCUGACUCACAGUAGACUUUAUGAGAAGGAAAGAUCACGGGGAUUUAGAGUUUUGAUUGGGGGAAGUCCUAGGUCAGGUCAAAGGCAUCUUGCCAGUUGUGUUCUAUAUGGCUUUGAGGGUCAUGUUGAAAUUCGGAAGAUUGAUCCAGCAACUAUAUCUCAAGAAGGGAAUGGUGACAUUGUGCAAGGGUUAACACAGAUUCUCUUGAGAUGUCUAAGUAUUGGUCCAUGCGUAAUAUACAUGCCGAGAAUUGAUUUAUGGGCUGUGGAGAUUUCUGACCAUCAAGCCACGGAAAAAGAUACUGAUUUCUGUAUAAAUGCUGGCAACAAAUUCCUAGAGGCAGAAGGAGCAAUUAAAGCAUCACAUGCAUGGAAUUCAUUGGUCGAGCAAGUUGAUUCUCUGUGUCCUUCAUCCUUGAUGAUUUUGGCUACAUGUGAGAUGGAGAAUCAUGUACUCCCAUAUCAGAUAACACAGUUUUUUACGAGUAAAAUGCUGAAGGUUAAUGAUUCGGUUUCUUUGAAGCAUACAGUGCCACGAUUUUGUGUCCACCUAGAUGGAUCUUUUGACCGGGAGUUGGUCUUUGAAUCAUCAGCAUCAAUGCUCUCGAGGAAUUUGGUUCAAGAAUAUGUUCAUAUGAUACAUCACAAGUUGCGCAUUAGCAAUAUUAGUGGCCAGGAGGACAACAGUUGUACCGAUGCCAAAGCAUCUUCAGACAUGAGAAAUGACACAAGUGGGUGCCAUGUAACUGUUAGAGAGAAAGAUACACUACCUGAUUCAGAAACGUUGGUUUCCAAUGGUGAUUCUUUUUAUAAAGAUGGUCAAGCUAAGCAAAAUCAUUGGCAGCCUGCAGCAUCUGGCCAUGAUAAAGGAGAUAUUUGGGUGCGAUCUUGUCUAGAUUCUGAUCCUGGUAUCUCUGCUAAUAUGUUGGGUUUGAGAGGAAGAUCUAGCAUGCAAUUAGCAGCAGCGACAUGUGGCUACCAAAUUCUCCGGUAUCCUCAGUUUGCUGAACUUUGUUGGGCAACCUCGAAACUGAGAGAAGGCCCAUAUGCCCAUAUAAAUGGGCCUUUGAAGGAUUGGCCAUUUAAUUCUUGUAUAAUCUCUCCUUAUAAAUCACCUGAGAAUGUUCCAGUCACUAAUAGCCCUUCUCAGCACAAAAGCUUGGAAUGUUCCAUUGUUAGAGGCUUAGUGGCUGUGGGAUUGUUAGCAGAUAGUGGUGUCUAUGGAACUGCACGUGAAGUUGCUUGCGAAAUUAGGAAGGUCCUUGAGCUUUUUGUUCGGCAAAUCAAUACCAGGAUACAGGAAGAGAAAGAUAGAUUUCGUUUUGUUCGUCUUCUUUCACAGGUGGCUCAUCUGGAGGACAUGGUCAACAGCUGGGCUUAUGCAAUGCAGAGUGUAGAGCUGGAUGGUCAAAUGUUGGCCUCAAAUCAUCAGGCAUUGGCUAAGCCUGACCUCGAUAUUUCAGCUCAUGCUCCUAACCUUACCAAGGAUGUCCCAUGUAUGCGGACAACAUCUUCUGAUGCUUGCCAUGAAGUUACAGAGCACACAGAGGUAUUGGUUCCCCAGAAUGCAGGGGCAGAUUGUGUCGUGGGGAACUCUGAAAUUGGUUUACCUUCUUUAGAUGAGCCUCCGGCAUUUCUAGAACAAAGGAAAUCCUCUCAGGAGGGUCCCUUUACUCGACGUGUUACUGUUUCAUUUAGUCAAGAUUUAGAAUUACUCACCCAAAAAACAUCAAAGGAGCUAAUGCUGGAUAAUAUUGCACAAACUUUUGGGUCUGAGGGUGAUUUGGCUGCUCAUUCUGAUCAAUUAAAUGGUAUCAAGAGCUCUUCUAGCAAGACCAGCCAUGCAUCUGCUGGGUCUGGGAUGCUAUAUUGUUAUAAGUGUUGUUUGGAAUGCUUGGAAGUUCUCCAUGUCUUGGCCAAGAAAUUUCUAAAUGAUUGCUGGAAAUCUGAUGGGUGCUCUUCAUCAUUGGAGGAUGUCCAUGAUGUCAUUGCUUCAUGUUCUUCUCGCCUUUUAAUAACCAGCGCAAAAUUUCGUGUUAAUGAAAGUUCUGGUGAUUUACAUGGGUCUUGUGGUGGAAAGCUAAUUCACAGAACACAGAGUAAGUGUUGUGCUUGUCAAGUAGUUGGUGAUACUGAAAAUAGAAAAAUAUCAUCUUCAUCAAAAUAUUUGGGAAGUGGAGAAAUGGUGCCAUCAGAAUGCAGAUGCCAUUCAAGAAGCAAUAAUAUGGUUGGGGAUAGAGGUUCCCCUAAAAGUUAUCGCGAUGGAUCUGAAUUAAAGUUUUGUUUUAGAGACUGCACACUCGUGCCUUUUGGCAUGGUGCGGGAUGUUUGUUUUCAAUACACAUUCAAGCAAUUUUGUCUUUGUUCUCUUAUUGAGAGACUACUAAAGAAACGAAUUCAUUGGAGUCACAUUUCCUGCUGAAGUAACUAUUGUAGUAUAGAUGUUAAUGUUUCUGUCACUGUAAACUCCUCCUGGGGCCAAUUUUGUCUCAUCCCCUCUGCGGGAAUUAUUCUUUGCAUGUAAGUAUUGUGAGUUCUGAAUUUUUUUCCUAAUGAUAUCCAUAAUCCAUGUUAUGCAUGGUUUGCCUUAUUUAUUCCCUUGGAGGUUUUUUAAUGUGUUGAUACUUUCUGUGCUUCCAUUUUAUGGUCUGUUACUUUUGCACAACCUACUCAUUGGUUGUAGUGCUGUUGGAACCUUCGUUCAUUAUCAUCUAUCGUUAAAUAACUGUCAAAAUUUUAUCAUUAUUGACGAUAAUCAUUUUUGAGAAGAGAUUCUUUAUAAUUAUCUCAUUAUGGUUUGACUUGUAUUCAUUUUAACUUCAUCGCCAUUUGAUAUAUCAAACAAAAAUAUGUCUCUUUCCACUUGUCAAUGGAACUUUACUGCUUCCUCUUAAAUGCCUGAUGGGAUUUUCUCAUAAAUUGGCAAUACUUACCCCUUAUAUCAUGUAAACUAUGAAAAAUUAUGCUAACAAGUAGAUUGUGUCAUGAAAGGUGGUUACGGUAGGUGCCAUGUCGAUUGAAUCACAGAGGCAUGAUACAUGAAAUAUGUGCUGGGUCUCCCGGCAUUUACCCAUUUAAGAAGACAGUUGGAAAUAUCAAUUACUGUCUUGAGGUUGUACUACUGAUGAAGUGGCAAAAUCAUUCAAGGAUGCAGUUUUUUUUUUGAGGAAAUAUUUGAUUAUAUUAAGUGGAAGUGAUAAAUAUUAUUGAGAAGGCUACCCACAGGUCAGGAGCUCAAUACAUUCUCAAUAGGACUUUGCAUUAUCCCUUAACAAAAAAUGCAGUUUAUCACAUGGCGAAAAUUUCAGGCAGUUGAGAGGCUACAGAAACUAGGUGUGAAGGUGGAAAGGGCUACUGAGAAGGAAAAGAGAAGUCAGAAAAAGAGGUGGUGAAGAGAAAGGGAGGAUCAAAGUACAAGAAAGGAGCUAAAGUGAAGUGGGAUGGGGGUGGAGGGAGUCUGAGAGCUUGAACGAUAAGGAGUGAAUGUGGAACAUAACCCAUAAACCAAUUAAUCCUAUGAGCAAGAUUCUGUGCCACCUAAAUGAAAGACGAAGAAAGGGUAAAAAGGAAAGCAGGGAGGGAAAGGAAAAAGGAGGGGGAUGUGAAGAAAUAGAGGCGAGGCAUAUGGAGAGGAAAGAAAUGGAGGGGGGUUUUGGAUGAAUGAAGGCAAUUUGUAGAAUGCAGAAGAUGCUAGUGGAAUCUUCAGCCUCUGUAUGCUCCUAUGUUCUCCAAAAGAGGAACUGAGCUGAUGGUGUACCCUGAGUCUGAAGCUUGCCAAAAGACCCCAAGGCUGGCUUUGGAGGUUGUGAAGUAAGAUGCACCUAGGUGAAUAGAAGUAGAUAUGGAAGUGGGUUAAUAGCAGCAAGAGCCAUGGACAAGGGAUGAGAGAACCGAUGGCAAUAUGGAUGAAGAAGCACCCUUGCAAUAGCUAGUCCCUGUGAAACAAUGGUAUUUGGGGGAACUUUUAGCAGUUCUUCUGCAAUUCAUGACCCUGUAUAAGUGCCAAGGGGAUAGAAGCCAAGAGUACCCAAAUGUGUUCCUAACACCGGGAAGGAAAAAAAAAAACUCAUCUUUAUGCUGCUAUAACCACACACUAUCAAGCAUCUUUUUUCUUUUUCCCUUUUUUGUUCCUUUUUUCUUUUGGGUAGUAACUAAUAUGUUUUUAUUUUUAUUUUUAUUUUUAAUUUCUAUUUUCCUUUUUUUUCCUUUUCUUUUCUAUGUAUCAAAUGUUCAAGGCAGACAAUGAUUUGUGAACCCCUGUUAUAUUUGGUGUGGUCCUUUAUCUUUGACAAAAACAAUUUAAGUUAGUUUAUGAUUUAUGUGUGAUGUGUCAUUUCAGAUUUAGGUACUAUUGCGCACAUUUUGUGGGCUUUGAGAUGUUAUUGCCCAAAUUUUGGAGUUUUAGGGCUGUUGAUCUUGUAAAGGAUUGAAUGCUUCUGGUUCUAUUGGAUCCUUCUUGGUGUGGGAGAUUGUUUGAGAUGGGCCUGGAAAUAAUCUCCCAUUUAGUGGAGCUUGGCUAUGAUUUUUGAUACUUGUAGUACUGAUGAUGUCCCCUUUGAGCACGUCCUUGUGGGGGAAUGAGGAGGCUGAUAUGCGUAUUAAUCACUGGUUUUUGGGUUUCGUUUUUUCGUUGAUGUUGCUUUGGCACUUCCUGACAUAUGUACUCUUUUUGUUUCCUUGUACUUCAUUUCAUUUUAACAGAAUUUAUUGAAUGUCAAAAAUAAAAUGUAUAAUUGCACAUUUUGGCAUUUAGAGGGCAUCUAAUGUAUGAUAACUUUUUUGUGAGGUAUUGGAAGAAUCACUGCACUUUUUUGUACAGGUGUAUGUGUAAUAUGGGGUGAUACUGCAAGUAUUUUCCUGUUUGGAUCAUGGUUAUAGGGAUCGAAAUUGCACCAGAUCCAGAAUUGGUAUCGGGACCUUGGGAUCGUGGCAAGAAGAAAGCUCUCCAUGGUAGGGCCACAGUCUGUACACCUUGAAAUCUUGGGAUCUCGAUCCAAGCUUAAUAGGGAUCGGAUGGUAAAUUAUACAGGACCAACACCAUCUGGUUAAAAUUGAGGCCCCGAGAGCACUUAACUAAUGUAGUGGACCUCGAUCCCAAAUUGGAAGGAUUGAGAUUCUAAAAUUCAAGAAUCACGGAGGAGCAAGAUCCCCUUCCUCAAAGCGCAUGAUUGGGAUUCCGAAGCAGAAUUGACCACUUGGUUGUCCCAAUAAUUGUCAAUCAAUGACUGGGUGUCGCACAUUUCUUUUUCUUGAAGAAAAGAAUAUCACACAUUUCUUGAGCAUGAUUUGACUUUGACCUACCAUUGCUCUAUUUUAUUGCUGAAGCAGAACAUCAGUUUAGGGCGUUCGGUGCGGACAAGGUUCCAGGUAUGGAGUUUUCGUAAGAGAUCUUGGUGAAUAACAUUCUCAGAUGGCUACACUUUGAUGGACAAUCGCAAUUAUUCAUCUCUUUCAUGCUCUCACCAAGCACAUUGAGAAAGGGGAUCACUUUUUGAGACAUGUUUUAUUGGGUGGGAUGGACAUAGUCAAUGCUCGGUCCCAUGCUCCAGUGGCUGACACUGAUGGCAAAGGCUCGUCUACCCAAGUAUAGCUUUAAUGGAUUACGAGAAAAUUGGCUAUUCAUCAUGCUUCAUGUCCCAUAUUGAGGGGGACUGCAAACUGUGAAGAGACAAGCAUAGUUUAAUUACACUUAUAUUCUUUAUUUUUUUCACUGUGUACUUCUGCUCAUUGUUUGAGAAGCUUCUUGUGAUUUUCUUAUGAGGUUACUACUGUGAUUUGUUCAAGUAGUAAAGUUAUAUAUGCAUCAAUACAAUGUCCUUCACGUAUCUAUAUUAUCCAAUUGAUGUAUUAUGUCC